AAUGGAUUCAUAAUUUGUUUUACGGACAAUAGCAACAGCAACCUGUCCAUACGUAUAUAAACGGCGGAAAAGUCUGAAAAUGUAUCAGUGCUUACACAGCUUCCAACUUCACUAGUCUCAACUUACUAAAAAAUACAACAAUGAACAGCAAAGCCACCGCAAUUGUUAUCUUCGCUUUGGCCAUCAUCUGUUGCCUGACAUUUUCUGAAGCCACCUACCGGAAACCACCUUUCAAUGGAUCUAUUUUUGGAAAGAGGGGAUCAACAAACGAGUAUGACAGUGCCAGCAAAGCCCUCUCUGCAAUGUGCGAAAUUGCCAGUGAAGCAUGCCAAACCUGGUUCCCAACACAAGAAAAGUAG